CAUCUCACCUAGAUGUUUCUCCCUGUUUUAAGGGCCACCUCCUCUCUGUUUCUUCCUUUUGUCUCGAUUCCCUAUUCCCUUCAUGGUUCCGAAUCGCAUAUUGCCUUGGUGCUGUCUUUGUUUCCUGCACAAACCUAGUAUCAUCUUCUUCUCUGAAACAAAGCACUACUGAGAUGAAUCUGAUUUACAUAGAUCUAGGGUUUGAACACUGUUUUGCUGUUGAUUGGGUUGGUAGGGGGUGGAUUGGCUCUGCUUUGGACAGAUUUUCAGUUGCAACAAUGGGUCCUCGUUUCCUUAAUGAAUUUCAACAGCAAGGGAUUGAGGAGUACCAUACCCCCCUCCUGUUGAUUAUUCAUUAGGAAUAGAUAGGGCGGUUUGUUGCUGGAAUCCCUUGUUCUCCCAGUGAAGCUUCUCCCAGUGAAGCUAGUUAAAUAAGUGAGGAUGUCCAGUAGCUCAUAGUGACUUUACUUGCUUCAUUAGUAGCCCUAUUUAGCCCAUACAGCAAUCGUAUUGCAAUCUCUAGUUGCCGAUGGCUCUCUUUGCUUAAUUGUCUAUAUCCAUCAUAGGCAUAGCUUAAAUUUGUUACUAAUGCUGUAGGUUUUGCUUCUGAUUUUUGUCUUUAGGAUAUGCUGCUUUAGCUAUACUGUCAUGAGAUGGAGAAUUCUACUGUAAUUUCUUAUUAUUUAAUAUAUUUCUCUAUAACCCUAAUUGCUAAUUUCCUUAUAUUGUCUGUGCCACAAGGAGUAAUUAAUGGCAAAGGGUGGAAACAAGAAGGAAAGUACUGGGCCCAAUGAAGCCCGAAAGCCAGGACGGCCUCGAGGACCACCAGUGUAAGGAAGAAUUGAAGAAAAGGAAUGAGGACAAAAAGCGAAAGGAUAGAGAGUAUCGGGCGAACAGAACGCACGAACUCAACUUAUAUAGGGCCUUUAUUGAAGAGCCCGAAAUUGCUGGCUUGUUCAAAGCCUUCAAGGAAAAGAAAGAACAAGAGUUCAAGGAAGAAUUAAAGGAGCUUGAGAAAGUUUUGAUGGUGUGAUUAUCUGUGCCUUACUUCCUUCCAAGUUUCAACCAUGCCCCAUUUCUUUUUGGGUUAUAAUAUAAAAGUCCCCUGUUUAUUUGUGAGAACAAAAAAUGAUUUCAAAUUAAUGAUUGAAUCUAUAUUGUUCUGAAUUAUAGUUUUAGACUGUUUCAUGUUUUCCUUCUACUGCCCUUUGUCUGAAUCUUUUCAACUCUUUCUCUGAAAUUUUAGGAGGAUGUAACACCCGAUUCUUCUGACGAGGACUUGGAUGCUUUUGUUCAGUCUCUCCUGAAUCCUAAAAUGCUCACAGGAAAUUCGGCAGUGUUAUUUAGUCCCAAUUCCGAUCUUUUUCUUCCCCUCGAGCAAAAAAAAUUGCUUCUCUGCUAUAAUAAGAUUCUUCAAGCGAUUAAAUGGAAAUCUCCUCUUCCAGAUCGAUUGAUCCUAUCCGACCGGUUGAGUUCCGACACAGCGAAUCCGUUCAAUUGUUCAUCUUUUCAUAUAUAUAUCUCGGGUGAGAUUCAGGUGU